AUGGAUAUUGAACUGAGAUCAAUAAGUGAUUCAUCAAAUGAACAAUCUCGUGAUAAUCAAUUAAAAAUAUCAUCUAAUCAUAACCAUAACCAGAGGAAAAAUGUUGAAAAUAAAAUAUUCUGGAAAAAAACAAGUACAAAAGAUGUUUUUAGAUUUAUUUUAUUUACAUUUAUCGUAAUAAUUAUUGGUGUAUUAAUUGUUUGUUUGACUUCACCAAAAUUAAAUUCAAUAUGUGAAUUAUCUUUAAAACAAAUAAAUAAAAGUUCAAUAAUCUAUAGUUCAAAACCUUCAUCUGUAGCUAUUGGAGAUUUAAAUAAUGAUAAUCAAUUAGAUAUUGUUAUUGCAAAUUCCGGUACACAUACAAUUGGAAUAUUUCUUUCCAAUAAUGACGAUUUUCUAUUUUCAAAUCAAAUAAUCUAUUCAACUGGUGAUCAAUCUUAUCCACGUUCAAUUCUUCUUAAUCAUUUUAAUAAUGAUAAUUUUCUUGAUAUUGCUGUUGCUAAUUUUGGUCAAAAUAAUAUUGCAAUUUUUUUAGGAUAUGGAAAUGGAACAUUUAGAAAUGAAAAUAUAUUUUCAACUGAUUCAUCUCGUCCAUUAUUUCUUAGUGCAGCUGAUAUAAAUAAUGAUAAUAAAAUCGAUCUAAUUGUUGUUAAUUAUGGAAGUGAUUCUAUUGGAAUAUUGUUAGGGCGGGGUGAUGGAUCUUUUCAAUCUUCAAUAAAUUAUUUUACAGGUUAUGAUUCUUAUCCAUAUUCAUUAGGAAUUGCUGAUUUUAACAAUGAUAAGAAAUUAGAUAUUGCUAUUUGUAAUUAUGGAACAUCAAAUAUUGAAAUUAUUUUCGGAUAUGGAAAUGGUACAUUUACAAAACAAAAGAUUUAUUCAACAGGUCUCCAUUCAAAUCCAUCUUCAAUUUCAAUUGCUGAUUUUAAUAAUGAUCAACAAUUAGACGUUGUUGUUACUAAUUCUGCUAAUUCAAAUAUUGGAAUAUUUUAUGGUUAUUCAAAUGGAACAUUUACAAAUCAAAUUAUUUAUUCAACAGGAUUAAAUUCAUAUCCAAAUAAUAUCAAUGUUGCUCAUUUUAAUAAUGAUAAUCAAUUAGAUCUUAUUGUUGUUGAUUCAAUAAAUGAUAAAAUUUAUAUUCUUCCAGGAGAUGAAAAUGGAACAUUUCCUCUUGUAACAAUCUAUGAUGGAAUAUCGAAAUCUUAUCCAAUAUUUGUUGCUAUUAAUGAUUUUGAUAAUGAUAAUCAAUCAGAUAUUGUUGUAGCUAAUUAUAAUACAAAUAAUAUACUUUUACUUAAUAAAUAUUCAAAUAAACCAUCAGCAACAUCAACAAAUUAUUUUCUUGGUCAAAAUUCUCUUCCUAGUUCGAUUGUUAUUUAUGAUUUUAAUCAAGAUACAUAUCUUGAUAUGAUUGUUAAUAAUAUAAAUGAUAAUAAUAUUGUUUUAUUAACUAAUGAAGGUGAUGGAAUAUUUAAUAUAGAUUCAACAUAUUCAACAGGUUAUAAUUCAUCUCCACAAUUUAUUCUUUUGGCUGAUUUAAAUAAAGAUAAACAAAUCGAUAUUGUUACUGCUAAUCUUGGAUCUGAUAGUAUAGGUGUUCUUCUUGGACAAACUAAUGGAUUAUUUGCUAAUGUAACAAUAUAUUCAACUGGUAUUAAUUCUAAUCCAUCUAGUCUUGCUAUUGGAGAUAUUAAUAAUGAUAAUCAAUUAGAUAUUGUUACUUUUAAUUCAAAUAAUGGAAAUUUAAUUAUUCUUCUUGCUUUUCAAAAUGGAACAUUUAAUAAUGCAAUAACAUAUUCAACUGGUAUUCUUGCAAUUGGAUAUUCAAUUACGAUGGCUGAUGUCAAUAAUGAUAAACAAUUAGAUAUUAUUAUUACAUAUUUUUAUUACGAAGGUCUUAGUAUUCAUUUUGGAAUUGGUAAUGGAAGUUUUGAAAUGGGAAUAUUUUAUUCAACAGGAGAUGGUUCAUAUCCUUAUUCAUCUACUCUUGCUGAUUUUAAUAAUGAUAAUCAAUUAGAUAUUGUUACUUGUAGUACAUAUACAUCAACUAUAGUUAUACUUUUUGGAUCUACUAAUGGAACAUUUACAAAUUUAACAUUUUAUUCAACUGGUAUUAAUACUUUACCAUAUUCUGUUAUUGUUAUUUAUUUUAAUGAUGAUAAAUAUUAUGAUCUUGCUAUUACUGAUCAAGGAAAUAAUCAAAUAAUUAUCUUUUUUGGAUUUAAUAAUGGAACUUUUGAAUUAGCAAGAAAUUUUCAUACUGGUUCAGGUUCACUUCCAUUAGGUAUUGCAUUUGAUAGAUUUAUUGAGAACAGUAAUCAAUCCCAAUUGGUAGUUACUUAUUCAGGUUCAGGUAAUAUUGGUAUAUUAAGUGAAUAUUCUAUUGCAUUAUUUGAAAAUGAAAUAACAUAUUUAACUGGUUCAGCAUCAUAUCCAUAUUCAGUUUCUAUUAAUGAUUUAAAUAAUGAUCAACAAUUUGAUAUUGUUAUUGCUAAUUCAGGAACUGAUAAUCUUGGAAUAUAUUUUAAUUUAGGUAAUAAUACAUUUGGAAAAGAAAUUCUUUAUUCAACUGGUAUUAAUUCUCAUCCUGAAUAUAUUCUUACUGUUGAUAUUAAUAAAGAUAAUUAUAUUGAUAUUAUUAGUGUUAAUUCUUUAAAUGAUACGAUUACUUUAUUUAUGGGAGAUGAAAAUACAAGUUUUCAAAUACAAAAAAUCUAUUCAACUGGAUUGAAUUCAUAUCCAACUGGAAUUACUUUUGCAGAUUUUAAUAAUGAUAAUCGAUUAGAUCUUGUUCUUACUAAUAAAAAUACGAAUAAUAUAGGUUUACUUAUUGGAUAUGAUUAUGCAUCAUUUUAUAAUCAAAUAACUUAUUCAAAUAUUAAUGCUUUAGGUCCAUGGGGAAUACGAGUUGCUGAUUUUAAUCAUGAUAAUUAUCUUGAUAUUAUUAUAAGUUUUUCUCUUACUAAUAAUAUUGGCAUUCUUCUAGGAAAUAAUAAUGGAACUUUUAUGGAUUUAUUCUUAUUUUCAACUAGAGAUAAUUCAAUUCCACGAGCGAUUCUCACAGCUGAUUUCAAUAAUGAUAAUCAUUCGGAUAUUUUAGUUGUUAAUUUUGGUCUUAGUAAUAUUGCUAUUUAUCUCGGAUAUGGAAAUGGAUCUUUUGCAAAUACAAGUUAUUUUUCAACUGAAAAUAGUUCAAAUUAUUAUGGAAGAGAUGUUGGUGAUUUUAAUCAUGAUAAUUAUUUAGAUCUUGUUCUAACUAAUAUUAAUUCUCAUACUCUUAAUAUUUUAUAUGGAUAUGGGAAUGGAAGUUUUACAAGUAUGAUAACAUAUUAUACUGGAGAUAAUUCUUAUCCAUGGGGAGUUGCAGUUAAUGAUUUAAAUGGUGAUAAUCAUCAAGAUAUUGUUUGUGCUAAUUAUGGUACUUCAAAUAUUGGUAUUUUUUUUGGAUCUGAAAAUGGAAGUUUUUCAAAUCAAAUAACAUAUUCAUUGACUUCUCAAUCUAAUCCAACUUGUGUUUCUCUUGGUGAUUUCAAUAAUGAUAAUUAUUUCGAUAUUGUUGUUACUAAUUAUAAUAGUAAUAGUAUUGGUAUUUUUUUGGGAUAUGGGAAUGGAUCUUUUGCUGAUGUUGUUAUCUAUUCAACUGGUGAUGGUUCUUCUCCACGAUGUCUUUCCAUUAAUGAUUUUAAUAAUGAUAAUCGAUUAGAUAUUGUUGUUACUAAUUUUGGAAGUGAUAGUAUUGUUAUUCUUUUUGGAGUUGGAGAUGGAUCAUUUUUAUUAGGAAUAUCUUAUUCAACUGGAAUUGGAUCUGGACCAACUGAAUUAGCUCUAGGUGAUUUUAAUAAAGAUAAUCAAUUAGAUAUUGCUCUUUCAAAUCAAUUAUCAAAUGAAAUAGGAAUAUUUAUUCGAUAUAGUAGUGAACCAUUUGCAAGUUUAACAACAUUUUCUACUGGUGAUCAAUCUCAACCACAAUCAGUUGCUAUUGGUGAUUUUAAUAAUGAUAAUUAUUCGGAUAUUGUUGUAGCUAAUUAUGGUACUUCAAAUAUUGGAAUAUUUCUUGGAUAUGGAAAUGGAUUUUUUAAUUCGAUGAUUUCAUAUUCAACUGGAAUAAAUUCUUCUCCUUAUUGUGUUGUUACUUCUCAUUUAAAUAAUGAUACAAAUUUAGAUAUUGUUGUUUCCAAUUCUCAAACUGAUAAUAUUAUGAUUUUUAUUGGAAUUGGUAAUGGAGAAUUUUCAAUUUCAAAAAUCUAUUCAACAGGAGAUCGUUCUCGUCCAUCAACAAUAUCUAUAAAUGAUUUUAAUAAUGAUUCGAUUUUAGAUAUUAUUAUUGCAAACUCUGGAACAAAUAAUCUUCUUUUUCUCUAUGGACAGGGCAAUGGAAUAUUUACAAAUGAAACUUUCUAUCCAUUAGGAUAUCAAUAUACUCCUUAUGGAAUUUCUGUUAAAGAUUUAAAUCAUGAUAAUUCAUUGGAUAUUGUUAUUGCAUGUUAUAAUACUGAUCACUUUGAAAUUUUAAUUAAAACCUGUUAA